GAGUUGGAAACGUCAAAUUGAAUACACGUGAAAUUUGUGCUCCAACUUUUUCUUAAGAUUGUGGACGUUCUGUAGAUAAAUUCUUGCAUAUUCCUACUCUCAAGAGUAGAGAAGAUCAGAAUAUAACUUAUAGUUAGUGAAUUUUUGGCAUAAAAAACACUUUAUUGAAGUUUUCUUGUGAAAUAGUUUCGCCAACCUCUUUGAGGUUAGGUCGCUGAAUUCUAUGAAAAGCAGGGCUAUGCCCUGGAAAUCCGAUGCUGGCGGGGGCGGGGGAGACUUCUCCCUUUCCCCAAAUGAUUUCCCACCGAUACAGAACAACCAGAAAAAGGGCUUUUUCGACAUGUACAAUGAUGAGAUUGAGAGGAUUGCACGUGCGCAACGCUAUUUGGUGAUGAAGAGAGAUGCAAAAGGCCACGAAGAUAUGACUGCGGUAUCUCCGUUUCUCAUUGCGAGAACGAUGCGGUCUUAUGGUGAUGUGAACAAUAUGUCUCGACUAAAGGAUGGCACUCUUUUGGUCGAAACAAAAUCAAAGGAGCAGGCGAACCGGAUGAUGAACAUCAAGAGGAUUGGUAAUUUUGAUAUUUCUGUGACUGAACACCCGACACUCAACAAAUCCAAGGGAAUCAUUCAUUGCUGGGAUCUCGCCUAUAUGGAUGAGCAAGAACUCCUCACGGAAUUAUCGUCCCAGAUGGUUACGGAGAUCCGACAGAUCAAGAGGAAGCCCACUGAACUCGAAAAGAGGGCCAGUCAAAAUAGAGAGGGAAAUGAAGCUUCACAAUGGAAAAAUACAGGAACAUUUGCAGUUACGUUUGCUCUUCCGGAAGUUCCAACGUACAUUAAAGCUGGUUACUUGAGAAUUGAUGUAAAGCCGUUCGUUCCCAAUCCGUUGCGCUGCUUUAAUUGCCAAAAAUUUGGCCAUAUGAAGACAACAUGUAAAGGAGCAGCAAUGUGUGGGUCCUGUGCCCAAAAGGACCACUAUCCCGAACCCUGUGCUGGAGGUCCAAGAUGUAUAAAUUGUGGAGGAGACCACGAAAGCUGGUCUAGACGCUGUCCAGUUUUCCGAACGGAAUUCGAGAUCCAAAAGAUCAGAGUGUACAACAAAAUUUCUUUCGCUGAAGCCAAGAAGAGAUUCAUUGCCAAGAUGAGUAUGGAAGAUAACACGUUUGCUGGAGUUACAGGAAAGAGAGAGACAUCCUUUGGUGUUAACUGUGAACAUUGUCUCUGUCAGUGUAAUAGGAAGCCCAAGAAGGUAGUACAAGAUCCGGAAGCAGCAAAUCCGCAAAAGACCCAGACAGAAGUUCAAGAUGAGAUCGAAGCUGAAGGAGCCGUCGGAGGUGUCGAAGAAGUUUCAUCCACUUACGACACUACUAAUGAAGAGGAAAGUUCUGAGGAGAUGGACUUCAAUGUUGAGGAGCAGAGCCAUGUGUUGGAAGAUACAACAGUCACAAAUAUUAAGGAUGCUGAUGACUACCAAGUCGUCUCCAAGCAGAACAAGAAACGGCAGAAGAAUACCUCCUCAUCCGAGGAGACAGAUUCCAACCGUGUCAAGGCAGGUUUAGUUGAGAAGACAAAGACUGGGAAGAACAAAAGGAAGAAGCUUGCCGUGCUGCCCAGCGACAGCUAUAUUAGCAGUGUGGCCCACAAACCCGGAGUUACUCACCAUGAGAAAACUGUUGAUGAAGCUACAAUUCGUAGGGUAAUAGGUGUAGACUAGGGUAAGAAUUCAUGAUAAUUUUUGUGCGUUGGGGGGGCGGCCCGGCUGCGGGAGUUUUGGACGAUCUCAUGUAUUCUCAUGAGGUUCGUGGAACUCUCGCAGUCGGGCCGUCGUCCUAGGGCACAAAUAAUUCAAGUAUUUUUUUUUGUUAUGAGUUUCCUGAUUUUUUUUUCACUUUUUCUUUUUAAAAUGGAUUUCUUACAAUGGAAUAUUAAUGGAUUUUGGAAUAAUUUCAGUGAAUUAAAAAUUAUUGUUAAUCAGUACAAACCUAACGUAAUUUUACUGCAGGAAACUCAUUUAACUUCUAGGACAAAUCCUAAUUUUGCAAAGUAUGAUAUAAUUGCUAACAAUCACUUAUUUGAUACUGCUAAAGGAGGCGUUGCUAUUUUGAUAAAGUCAGAAAUUCCCUAUACUA